AUGGGGCCGAGCAUCGGAGGUUAUCCCGUCUCCCUGCGCAGAGGGAGCCUGCAAAACCUGGUUCAUGAAACCUAUGAAGGGAGCGGAAUGGUAACUUCCAGUGGAGGAAAGAACCAUCCAAGCACGCAAGAACUAAAGAAAUCAACAUUUCUAAAACCUUCUUCCAAGAGGCCAGGGAAAAACACAUCUGCUAUUGCAGGAAAGGCUCCUGUAGAGGCUGCAGACAGACAGAUAACAGCUCAGUACAAAGAGAAAAAGCAAGUUUAUGAAGGGCAUCACCCAACCAGUUCGGGUAACGUGUUGAAGAAAACAACCAAGCUCAGAGAGCACCAAGGACCCCUCAUGUUUGCUGCUGUCAUUGUUGUGUUAUUUCUUUCCCUUUUUAGCCUGACAAACACUUGUACUUCCUCACAUAGAAUACCAAGGCCGAAAAGAGAACAUCCGGAUAGAAAAAAUCAUGAGGCCGGGGAUAACAAAAUUCUUCCUGCAUUUAAAGAUGUCUCAUGGAGUCCUUCCAGCGGGACAGAAGAUGCGAUGGUUCAGGGGCUUUAUUGCGGACAAAAAGGAAAAUUGGAAAGAAACUCUGGAGAGCAGAUGGAGGAAGCAGGCCCCAGCAGUCUUUCCUGUCAAGAUGCUACAAUUGAGGCAAUGUUUCUGGACUUUGGAUCUUUGCAAAUGAUGAAAGAAGAAGACUCUGAGGAAGACGAUGCCAGUGACCUUUCCGAUUCAGAAAGAAUUCCUAUCCCUCCUUCGCCUUGCACACCGCCAGAGCUCAACCUUCGAGCAGAGGAGAUCGACCCUGUUUGUUUCGAACACGACUUCGAGACACAACGGAAGCAACCAGACUACCAUUACACAGACUUUCUCCCACCACCUUUUAACGCCUGGGACUUGAAAGGGUUGGCUGCAUUCAUCAACACCGAGUGCAAAACGGAACCCCGACCGGAACCGACUGGGUUUCUGGAGAAGUACGUGGAUCGUCUUUUGGAGCUGGAAUGGCUGCAAAUGCAAACCGUACAAGCUGAGAAAGGAAAGGUAACCAAAGCUAGGGCUCAGACUGCUCCUAGCGUCCUCCGGUCCUUGAAAAAUUCUGGCAAAAGCAAAUUGUCGCACAGCCCUUUGACAAAUAAACAGUUGACUCUCCAUGGAAACUUUCCAAGAGUACCCAUUGCAGGAGGUCUCAAAAAAGACUUUCAUGGGGAAAGAACCAACCAGGUGACAUCCCCUGAGAGUCAGUUGAAGACCACUGGACCCACCCAUGGCUCAUCAGCCUAUCAGAGGAGACCAUCUGAAGCAAAGAGUGGGACCAAAAAGUGCCCUGCCCUCAAACAGCAUUUGGCCAGUAGGCAUUCUUUUGAGAUCCAGGAAUGCACCAUGAUCCAUGGAGCUGGCAACGUGAGACCUCCCAAGCCACCUUCUUCAUUCCAUGGAUCCACUGUUCCCCUUAAGGGGUUACCAGCCCAUACAUGCCCAAAUCCCAAGAAUGGAAAGACGAAUAAUUAUACUCCUCCCCAAAAGACCUCAGCAGAUACCAAGCUAAAAACAAAUGACUUGAAACAAACACGGUGCAAGUUUAAAUAAUGCUGGGACUGGGUUUGUUGCCUUGAUGCAGCAAGGUCUGGCAACUCUUUUCUUUGUGCAGCAAAAAUCUAGAAUGGUGGUUCUUGAACUUCAAGAUAGACUUUCAUAGGGAGAUGCCAGCAUGCCCUUGACUUCCCAUGCUAUGUUGCAAUUGAUCCUGAAGACAAGAAUUCUGAUUCAUCUCUGACUCAUCUACAUUAUUGGACAUGUAGGCAUCCUGGCGUUUCUGAUGUUUGCAAUUACAGGGCAACACAGUAUGAGAUCUUUGGUCUUCCCGGGAUUCCUUCCAUAAGCAUGUAACAUCAAAACAUGCUCACAGCCUAUAUACUCGUGGCCUCUCUUUUUUAAAAAUUGUGAUGUAUAGCCAGCUAUUUUUCCCCCCCUGUGGUAAAUUUUUGCAGUUGUUUUUUUAAUAAGGAAUUAUCACCUUUAAAGAUCAUUCUUCUGUGAUGUACUACUUGUAUGACCUUAUGGGUCAAACUAUAUAUUGAGAGGUAAAAAUGUACAUAAACAAACAAGUAUAACUUCCUCCUAAUUCCCAUGAUUUCAACAUAUAAGAACAUUUCUCUCCCUGUGCUCAGAGUGUCCUCUUUGAAGUUAUACGUUUGAUCUCUUUUUGUUUAGGAGGGCAUUUAUAGACUGCUUUUCAGUCUGCACCAGGGAAUCCCAAAGUAGUUUACAAGGCCUGUGCAUUGGGAGAAAUUGCUGGCUGGUAUUAUUGCUGGUAUUAUAGACUAUUUUGCAACUUUUAAUUUCGGGCUGGUCUGCGGAUGAAUAUAUAUUUUGGCAUUUGAUAGAACUGCAAGGAGAGAUUGUAGGAUGUAAUGA